GAGCGGACCCGUUGUUCCUCAAUAACAACAUGUACGAUCCGACCUCGCCCCUCACAGCUCCUCCGUCGCGCUACCGUAUCGAGUCCGACUCGUCCGAUGAGGAGGGAGAGGGUGCCUACCCGUCCUCCACGCGCCCCUCGCGCCCCUCGCCUUCUGCGGCGGUCCAAAUCGUCCUCCUCCCCAUCGACCCCGCGAAUCCCAAUCCUCUGUCCGCGACCGGCGCGGCCGUCAUCGGGAUUGGGCAGGCAGGCAAGUUCCUUCUUCGCCUCGUUUCGGGGCGUCCCAUCUUUCGGGUGGAAGUGGGGAAUCGGCCGGCCGGCAUGGGCAUCGCGGUGGACGGCGGCGUGGUCGUCGCGCUACAAGAUGGACCAGCGGAGGCGGCGGCGAACAUCGUCACGGAGGUUGCUACGACUCUGAAGGCGUCGUCCUGGACCCUGUUCUCCUCCUAUGUGCCGAGCAUGUACAUCCCGCAGCCGGGUGAAGAAGUGCCCGCCGACCCACCAGUGCGCGUACUCUCCUCCAUGGACGUCACGGGAGUAGGCUACGAUGCACCCAACUACGUGACGGGGCUUGCGGGCGCCUUCUUAUCUCAGGUGAGUGCUCCCGCAGUGAUCAUCACCGCUGGCAGCUGCCUUCUGCGUCAUUGACAUCAGGCCGCACACCCUGCCGGCGCCAUCUCCAGCGCGACCCUGUACCUCCUUCCGCUCCCGCUGUCGCAGCUCCCAAACUCGGCCCUCAAGCCGGCUCUGGACGCGCUCCCCCCCUCUCUCUCCAAGGCGCU